AUAAGGGGAGUUUAUUUCGUGAGGGACCGAUGAGCUUACUUAAUAACUGUCCGAUUCUGUAAUAAAUAUUUAGUGUGAGAUAGUUUAUUCUUGAAUUGUGAAAAGUAGUAAUAUCUGAAAGUUGUUCGGGUCCUGGUUUAUAUAGUUCAGUUAAAUUUUUAUUCUGUUUAUUUUUUGUUUUGGGACAUCAUGGCGGGUUUCAGUCCCGAACUCAUAGAUUAUCUGGAAGGGAAAAUUACGUUCGAGGAAUUUGAGAACAGGAGAGAGGAAAGAAGAGCUAGAGAAAGGGAAGCUGGCCUUUUGGUGACUGAAGAUGAGGGUGAUUAUACUACUGCUGUGGAAGAUGACGACAUUCCUUCCACGUCUAUGGCAAUCACCAGAAAACGAAGGAAACGUUAUGCAUCAACAGAGGAAACAUCUGAUGGUGUUAGUAAAUCUGUUCAGCGUGUUUUUGCUUCCAUGAUGGGGGAGGAAGAGGAGGAUGAAGAGGAGGAACGUGAAAGAGAACCCGCAGCAGCAAAACCUUCUGCUGGAGACGUCUUUGCUCUGGAGAUGGAACUUGACCGUGAGAAUAAGAAAAUGAUGAAGGAGAAAAGACCAAGAAGUAAACUUCCUCGUGCCCUCCGAGGCCUUAUGGGAGAAGCUAAUAUUCGGUUUGCUCGGGGAGACCGUGAAGAUGCUAUUUUGAUGUGCAUGGAAAUCAUUCGACAGGCUCCUCUCGCCUAUGAACCCUUUUCCACUCUCGCUAUGAUCUAUGAGGACCAGGGAGACAUGGAGAAGUCAUUGCAGUUUGGAUUAAUUGCCGCUCAUCUAAACCCCAGUGAUACUGAAGAAUGGGUCAGACUUGCAGAAAUGUCACUGGAGCAAGACAACAUCAAGCAAGCAAUUUUCUGCUACAGCAAAGCACUUAAAUAUGACCCGACUAAUGUGCGCUACCUGUGGGAGAGGGCAAGCUUGUAUGAACAGAUGGGAGACCACAAGGUGGCUAUGGAUGGAUAUAGGCGCAUUUUAAACUUGUUGCCUCCUUCAGAUGGGGAGCAUUUCAUGCAACUUGCCAGAGAUAUGUCAAAAAGCUAUUAUGAAGCUGAUGAUCUUGCCUCUGCAAUUGGUGUAAUGGAAGAGGCCUUGUUAAAACACAAGAGCUUGGUGUCCGUAGAGGAUAUUAAUAUGGCAGCUGAGCUGUACAUCUCUAAUCGACAAUAUGACAGAGCGCUAGAGGUUAUUACAGACUUUUCUGGAGUGACAUUGGAAAAAGAGAAAAUUAAUUCAGAAGAUGACACUACUGAGAAAGAGAGAGUCAUCUGCAGCAUCCCAGAUGGAGUUUUGAUUGACAUUCGAGUUAAGCUGAUGGUUUGCCUUAUUCAUCUUCAUAUCUUAGAUCCCGUGGAAGAGCUGACAACAAGCCUUGUAGAGCAGAAUCCUGAAGAGAUGGGAGACCUUUACUUGGAUGUGGCUGAAGCAUUCAUUGAGAUCGGAGAUUACAGCUCAGCUUUGCCCUUGCUCAGUGCUUUGGUCUGCUCGGAACGGUACAAUUUGGCAGUUGUGUGGCUUCGUCAUGCAGAGUGUUUGAAAGCUUUGGGACACAUGGAGUUGGCAACUGAAAGCUAUAGCAGGGUGGUAGAAAUGGCACCCCUCCAUCUGGAUGCCCGGAUUGCUCUGUCCACUCUGCAGCAGCAGCUUGGUCAGCCUGAGAAAGCCCUGGAGGCUCUGGAACCUAUGCAUGACCCAGAGACAUUGGCAGAGGAUGCAAAUGCAGCUCAACAGGAGCUGAAGUUGCUGCUGCAUCGCUCCACCCUCUUGUAUUCACAGGCAAAAAUGCUUGAUUACAUGGACACUCUGUUGACGAUGCUGGCAAUGCUUCUAAAGGUUGCAAUGACUCGUGCUCAGGUAUGUUUGAUUUCUAGCUCCAAAUCUGGGGAAAGACAUCUUCAUCUUAUCAAAGUCUCACGUGAUAAAAUGCCAGAUGCUGAUGAGACAGAAUCAGGAUUUAUGGAUGCUAAAGCAAUAUCGGCAGUACUUAGCUAUACAAGUGUACUGACGCGAGAAGACUGGUGGGGACUCCUUCUAAAGGCUAUCUACACAUUGUGUGACCUGUCGAGGCACGGAGAGGCUGAGCUGCUUGUGGAUUCCUCACUGGAAUAUUACUCUUUUUAUGACGAACGUCCUAAGCGCAAGGAGCUGGAGUACUUGGGUCUGUCAGCAGCUAUGCUUGACAAGAACUUCAGGAAAGCUUAUAACUACAUUAGGGUUAUGGCGAUGGAAAAUGUGAACAAUCCUCAGCUAUGGAAUAUCUUCAACCUAAUUACCAUGCGUUCUCAAGACGUACGACACCAUCGUUGUUUUCUCCGCCUAUUGUUGAAAAACCCAGAAAAUCAUGCACUGUGUGUACUUAAUGGACAUAAUGCCUUUGUAUCUGGCAGUUUCAAGCAUGCUCUAGGUCAGUAUGUACAGGCAUUCAGAAACCAUCCAGAUGAACCACUUUACAGCUUCUGUGUUGGGCUCACCUUUUUCCACAUGGCAUCACAGAAGUUUGUUCUGAAACGUCAUGCACUUUUGGUGCAGGGUUUUUCAUUUCUGAACCGAUACCUGGAGCUUCGUGGAGCUUGUCAAGAAUCUUUGUACAAUAUAGGACGCGCACUUCAUCAGCUUGGACUAGUUCAUUUUGCAAUUCACUAUUAUCAGAAGGCAUUAGAGCUAACUCCUCCUGUAUUAGAGGGAAUAGAAGAAGAUCAAAUUAAUCUUAAAAGAGAUACUGCCUACAACCUGUCUUUGAUUUAUCAGGCCAGUGGGAACAUUGAAAUGACCCGAAAACUUCUGCACACAUACUGUACCAUCUGAAAAAGGCAACUUUACAGACAGACAUGAAAUUGUUAAAGAAUGGUUCUAAUACGAGACUUGCCAAAGGCAGAGCACAACAUAUGAUACAGCUUCCACAAAUACUGUUACAUUUUAGUAGCAUUUUUAUUUAAGUGUUAAUACAUUCUUGCCAGCUUGCUUCCCAGAUUGGGGGGGGGCAAGCAUGACCAUUUGAAAACAGAUUAUGUUAUGUAAAUAUUUUGUAUUAAAUGAAUUCUGUUUUUUUAUGUUGUAUUAAACCACAACUAAUUGUU